CGGCAAGUGCAGACGACUUUUUGUUUUUGAUCACAUCGACACAUGUGUCGACAAACGUGCUUGUUCUACAGCGAUUAAUUGACUUAAAUUCGUUGUGCAAUCCUUGAUCAUGAGUAGAAAGAACAAGCCAUCAACGAGCUUAGGGCGUGCACUUAUAAAGGAUCGAUUUGGAGCUCAAAAAGGGAGAAGAGGUGGCGAUGUCUCUAUGCUACACACUUCUGAAAUUGAUGAUGGUUAUGAUUGGGGUCGUUUAAAUCUACAGUCUGUCACAGAAGAAAGUUCCUUUCAGGAGUUUUUGUCAACUGCGGAACUUGCCAACUCAGAGUUUCAGGCGGAAAAGUUGAAUAUUAAAUUUGUUAAUCCUCUUGCAAAUAUUGGACUUCUUAGUAAAGAAGAAAGGGAGGCUAUUGAGAAGAGUCACAAAGAGCACCAAGGAGAUCUUCAGAUACCAAGACGCCCUCAUUGGACUGAGGAAACAACAGCAGCUGAACUCGAAGCCUUAGAGAAACAAACAUUUUUGGAAUGGCGUCGCCGUUUGGCUCUUUUGCAAGAAUCAGAGGGUCUUCUUUUGACUCCAUAUGAAAAAAAUUUAGAGUUUUGGAGGCAACUGUGGAGAGUUGUUGAGCGCAGUGAUGUCAUAGUUCAGAUUGUGGAUGCAAGAAACCCCUUACUAUUUCGCUGUGCUGACCUGGAGGCCUAUGCAAAAGAGGUUUCUCCAAACAAACUUAAUUUAAUAUUGAUUAACAAAGCUGAUUUUUUGACUGAAAAGCAAAGAGAAGCUUGGGCUGAAUACUUUACAUCAAUAUCAGUUGGAGUUGCAUUCUUUAGUGCUACCUUAGCUGCUGAUGAAGAUGAAGAUGAAAACAACACAGACAAAGAUUCCAAGGGUCCCAAAACAUCAACAAAUUCCAAAGUAGUUGAUGGACCAAACAGUGAAGACGAAAGUGAAGAAGAGGAUGAGGCUAAGGGCAGUGAGGAAAUUAAACAAACUGAUGAAGAAAGUACAGAGGAGGCUAAUGUAGUCAACCCUACACAGUUUAGCAAGUCUUCCGAGCUUGAUGGAUCAAUCAAACCAGAAACCAGUAAUUCUAAUUCAGCACAUUUUAGCAAUACUGAUAGUGUGUCCCAUUCAACCUCUAUAGCCAAUUUAAGUCAUCAAAACUCUUCUCAGUUACUAUCCCGAAAAGAAUUAAUUGAGUUUCUGAAGACAGUGCACAAAGGUCCUAAGUUAACCAACGGUGUUACUACUGUUGGCUUGGUGGGGUAUCCAAAUGUGGGAAAGAGUUCAACAAUCAACUCACUCAUGGCUGAAAAAAAGGUGUCUGUUUCUGCUACCCCAGGAAAAACAAAGCACUUUCAGACAUUAUUUUUGGACAGUGAUCUAAUGCUCUGUGAUUGCCCUGGAUUAGUUAUGCCAAGUUUUGUAUCAACUCGAGCUGACAUGGUCCUCAAUGGUAUCCUGCCGAUAGAUCAGUUGAGGGACCAUGUCCAGCCAAUUAACAUGCUGUCAUCGUUAAUACCACGACAUGUUCUUGAAGAUACCUAUGGUAUCAUGCUUCCGAAACCCUUGGAAGGCGAAGAUCCAUUGCGACAUCCUAGUUCACAAGAACUGCUUAAUGCUUAUGGCUAUAAUAGAGGCUUCAUGACACAUAAAGGCAUCCCUGAUAACCCUCGGGCUGCUAGAAUAAUCCUUAAAGACUUUGUAACUGGAAAGUUGCUCUACUGCUGUGCACCUCCUGGUGUAAUUCAAGAUGACUUCCAUACCUUUCCUCCAAGAUGUCGUCAGACAAAGCAUGCAGGCAGUGUUGUCACCCCUCAAGGAGAAAAAAUUAUGAGGCCCAACAAAAUGACCUCUGCGGAUCUAGAUAAGGUGUUCUUUGAGAAAGCAAAUAUCAAAGCUCAUCACAAAGGUCGUCAGCUCAUAAAGACUGGAAAUCAACCUAGCGAUGAACAAAGUGUGGAAAGUAAACCAUGGAAGAAGCACAACAAUCGGAAUAAAAAGGAAAAACUGCGGCGCCUGUAUGGACACCUUGAUGCUUAAGCUGUAGAUUGAUUUCUGGAUGAAGAAGUUCAUGUGGUUUAUUCCCUACUCUAGAGAAAUGGUGGUAUGGUUGUAAGAUGUCACUUAUUUUUUCAGAGCUUGCAAACAAGUUGUAUAAUAUACGCUUUGUACAUAAUAAUCAUAAUAAAUUAUGCUCUACCACAAAAAAAAAA